AUGGAGCGGCUAUUAGCAGAACAAGAAGACGUUCUCUAUCAGAUUGCGAGGACGGUCGACAACUUCAAGAAGUUGGGGCAAGGCAAUUUUACUACAUCCGUCACGCGGAACCGGAUGUCCAUUUUGGAGAAGCAGUGGACUCAGUGCCAAAAGCUACAUGCGGACCUCAAGGCGGCAGUCAAGCCAGCGGAGCGAGAUGAAUGGCCGUAUUUCAGUGAGGAGCAAUUUCGGAAGGCGACAGAGGACUACUACGAAGCGUCUGACUAUCUGAGCGAAGUAUUAGAGAGGUUGACGAGACCUACCGCUCAUGUAACCGCAAGUAGUACUUUAGAUUUAAGCUCGGGUCCGCCAAGCUCAAUCCUGUUGCCGCGAAUAGAGCUUCCUAAGUUUUCCGGUCAGUAUACGGAGUGGGUCAAUUUUCGGGAUAUUUUUGAGUCGAUUGUGAUAAAAAAUGAAGGCCUCACAAACGUGCAGCGUCUGCAUUAUUUAAAGUCGAGUCUGACUAGCGAGGCUCGCAUUGUUAUUAAAAAUAUUUCCGUUACCGACGCGAAUUAUGAGCUAGUAUGGGGAGCCGUGAAAGAACGGUACGAAAAUACCCGCGCGAUUGUUUCUUCUUAUCUGAAUACUAUCCUAGAAGCUACUCCGAAGGCUGAUUCCGUCUCCGAAUUGAAACGCGUGCAUGAUAGUAUUAAUGAUGCGGUCCUUGCGUUACGUAAUCUCGAGAGAAAUUGCGUCGAUGAUUUCGUGGUUGCCAUCCUGUCCAGGAAACUUGAUGUGAAUACCCGCACUGAGUGGGAAAUCAGCUUGGGCAAUAAACGAGAGCCAGCUUCCUUUAACGAACUGAGCACAUUUCUUGUUGGCAGAAUGCUGGCUCUGAAUGUAGCGGGAGAUACUCGCAGUUCAAAUAAUAGUAAAACAAAUCGCUCAGCAGCCACCAAGUCGUUGACGGCUGCCAUCUCUAAUGUUAAAUGUUUAUACUGUGCGGGCUCGCACCUUUUGUUUCAAUGCGCUCAGUUUAAAUCCUUAUCCACGGAGCAGAGAAAGAAUGUUGCGCGGCAGCACCGUUGCUGCUAUAAUUGUUUGACCAAAGGCCAUUAUCCGCGCGACUGUAAAUCGCGGGGCCGCUGUGCACGUUGCCAACGCAAACAUCAUACGCUUCUGCAUGACGACAAUAUCAGCGGAGGACAAACGACAAUGGGUGCUCCUGCAAUAGCGAGCACAUCCAGUGUAAACACAGUAAAUGACGCCCCCUCUAAAUCAAGUCUUUUAGCAAGGGUAACAACUCCUUCACGUUCCCUCCUGGUCAAGGGUACUGUACUACUCGCAACUGCACGAAUCUUUGUACGUACUGAUGGAGCUCGUUGUAUAAACCUUCGAGGCAUGAUUGAUACGGGCGCUGAGGCUACAUUUAUCACUGAAAGGGCUGUUCAAGCCUUAAAAGCAAAGCGUAUUAAAGUAUAUUACACUGUCACUGGCAUGGGUGAUCUACAGGCUGGGGUCGUUACUCAUGCAGUUAAGCUCCAUUUAAGUGCGGGUAUACAGUCGAGUACUACAGUUACAGUGAUCGCGUUUAUCCUCCCUGUACUUACUUCUUAUGCUCCAAGAAGUCCUGUUGAUUUACUUGCGCAUCCUCAUUUGCAGAAUUUAAAAUUUGCGGAUUCUGAUCCAUUCAGUGAUGACCCUAUCGAUUUACUGAUAGGACUUGACUAUUAUAAGGCCGUAACAAUGGAUGGAUCCCGCCGAGGACCGAGCUCUGAUCUCAUGGCGAAACCUACUAUCUUUGGCUGGGUUGUCUUCGGCCCGUGCAACGACACUUCUGAAGGAAACCCUCAGUCGGUGUCCUCGUUACGCUGCUCUAUUUCUCCUGAAACGGAUGCGCUGAUGAGGCAGUUUUGGGAGAUAGAGGAAGUCUCGGUUUCUAAUCCCCUCACUGAAGAGGAAGUCGAGUGCGAAAGGCACUUCGCAUCUACACAUUCUCGUUUGCCAAGCGGACGCUAUCAGGUUCGCUUACCUUUUCGGACCGAUUUCUUGAAUAAGGUCGGUCGCUCCUUUCACGUCGCUUCUGGUGCCUUUGAUAGGUUAGAGCGACGUCUAGCUCGCGAUAGUGCAUUGUCUGCCAGCUAUCGUGGCUUUCUUUCUGAGUAUGAGCAAAUGGGUCACAUGACCCGUGUAAACCCGAACGAGGUCAUUAAUAAUAAUUCGUUAUAUCUGUCUCACCAUCCAGUGGUGAAGGCGAGUAGCAGUACUUCCCCUGUACGGGUUGUAUUCAACGCCUCGAGUCCCAUGGACAACGGGUAUUCAUUAAAUGAUCUGUUGCUUACUGGACCUAAGUUGCAGUCAGAUCUUUGCUCUAUCAUUAUGCGCUGGCGAACUCAUCGCUUCGUUUUCGUCGCUGACGUCGCAAAGAUGUUUAGACAAAUUAUGAUUCAUCCGUUAGAUACUGACUUUCAGAGGAUAUUGUGGCGUCCUAGUUCAGGCCAGCCGAUCCAUCAUUACCGUUUAAUCACCGUCACGUACGGUACCGCCUCGGCGCCUUAUUUAUCCAUGCGCGUCCUGCGACAAUUAUGCGAGGACGAGGGAUCUGCAUUCCCGCUGGCUGUGACUAUACUCAAUAAUUCCAUCUAUGUAGAUGACGUGUUGUUUGGGGCAGACAGUGUGUCCGCCAUACAAUCCACACGUCAGCAGUUGAAUGCCUUGUUAUUGAAAGGAGGUUUUCACCUUCGUAAAUGGACGUCAAACUAUGACGAAUUGUUGUCGGAGAUACCAGUGUCGGAUCGACUGGAGGACAAUAGUGUCGAAUUUGACGAGGACUCCUCCUUCAAGGUUUUAGGAAUUUCGUGGAGUCCUAUACUUGAUCGAUUCCAUUUCAGGAUACAAAUUCCGGAGUUUUCGGUGAUCUCGAAACGUAGCGUGCUAUCGGCCAUUUCGCGAUUCUUUGAUCCACUGGGUUGGAUUGCCCCUGUGGUAAUCACCGCUAAAAUUUUCAUGCAGGAACUAUGGCUGCGUAAGGUUGAUUGGGAUAGCCCGCUCUCGAGUGAUCUAGAGGAAUGA